AUGUCUUAUGCGGAACAUGGUCCCCGAAUUUUCUUAGCUGGUAGACCUAAUACCGGAAUGCCUUUGACAUAUGGUGACUAUGUUUUGCCCCGAAAAAGAUUGGAGGGUCGUUUAAAAUUACAUGAUUCUUGUUCAGAUAUUAGAGCCUGGAGUCCUAAUUCUUUGGAGAAUUCACGCUACAUUCGUGAACUUAGCGAACAUGAUUCAUCAAUUGGAAAAAUAAUACCAGUCAAUGUAGUUGUUGAUAACAUAAUUCGACUCAAUUCGCAUAGAGAAACUGAACUCCAAACAGUCAAAACGGAACUGCAAAAGUACAAAAAUCUUAAACUUACUCCUAAACAAGAAGAACAAUUACAAAAUCUCGAUUACAAUCACAAGUUGAAGGAAUCAGAACAAAGUAACCAUGCAAUGGAGUCUGUUAAUAUUAGCAAAUCAGUCCCUAUUGUUAAUUCAAAUUCGUGUUUAUCGAUUCAUUUGCCCACUGAAAAACAUUACCGAAAUACAGAUGGGUUGACCAUUGCAAAUCAAUUCUUUCAAUUGUGCCCUUACGCUUUAAAUGACUAUGUACAAUUUAGGUCUGUCCCUAAAGCAUUGCCUACUGGAGAUUACAUUGAAAGGAUGCCAAGCUGGGUAGAAUAUAUCGAUAUAGCUUUACAGACGGAACAAGAAACACGUGAUAUAGGAGUACAGUUUGAUGGUCAAGUUGACAGAUGUUUAAAUAAAAUUACAACUAUAUCUGCAAUGUCACAAACGUCAUUCAUAUAUAAAUCUAGCGAGGAGGAUAACAGUGUAAUAGAACUUGAUAAAAUCAGUUUUCAAACAAAUAAUCGUGAAGAAGAAACUUCUGAAUGCGAUGCAUCGUGUAGUGAAAGUACUCGAGAUAUUGGAACUCUAUCAGAAUCUGGUAGUGAAAUUGGAACAGAAUCUGAUUUUGAUAUAAAUAACAGCACUCAUAAGGGGAUUAUUAUUCAAAAAGAUUCUGAGAUUAUAGUUUUGAAGAAUGAACUUGGUGUAAGGGAUGCUGAAUUAGAUGAAGUACACGAGUUGAAUAAAAAUUUGGAAAUUUUAUUAAAAGAAAAGCAAGAUUGUAUAAAUACUCAACAAGAGAAUCUCAAAAUAUUACAUGAUAAGUUAAGGAAGCUGGAAUAUGACCGCAAUUGUGAAAUAGAGGAUUUGAAAUCGAAGUUACAUGGUUCUAAAUAUUUAGUCAGCCAACUUAAACAGGAUUUAACUAAAAAGUGUGAAAGUUGUUACGUACAGUCACAAGAAAUUGAAAACCUCAAAUUAUGUGCUAAAGAAGUGUCAGUGCUAAAAUCAGAACAAGAUUUACUUUUAAAAAAGCUACAAAAAAUGAAUGAACUAGCUGAAAAAGCUGAAAAUUGUGACUUCGCUUUAGAUCAAUUAAAACAAGUUUCACAGGAAAAAGACAAACUUAAGAAACAAAAUCAUGAACAAAGUUGCAUGUUAGCAGAUCAGGAAGAGGAAAUAAAGCGAUUAUUAACACUGAUAAGAGAGACAACAGUUACUUAUCAGGAACAGAAUUUAAAAACUGAAAUUCAUGAGAAAACUAUUAAGAUUUCUCAGUAUGAACAGGAGUUAAUUUCAUUGAAACGAGAAAUUGGUGAUUUUGUAAAUAAUUUGAAGCAUGCUUUGAACAAUUUAGUGGAAUUCAAUGGCUUACAUGAAGAUAUUUGUAAUUGUGCAAAUUGCGACUUAGACAUUACCGAAGAAGCCAAUAAUUUACUAUAUAAUAUAAACUUUAUUUGA